AUGAGGCAGCGCAAAGGGAAAGCCAAAAAGGAGACUUCAAAAGAUAAGAAGGAGCAGAAGCAAGCUGUGGAGGAAGCGCGGCAGCAAAUCACCACCAUCAUGCUGCCUACGCUGACUGUGGUGGUGGUCCUGAUCGUGGUGUUUGUCUAUGUUGCCAUGUGCCCCACCACCACUGAAUGA